UUCUGAGAGAGAGAAAAGAUGUGUAGCCUUAUGGCAAACUUGUUUCUCCCAGCAAAUUUGAAACAAGAUGUUUCAGACAAAGAGAGAAGCAGCUCAAUCCCUUCAACAACUAGAAGUACCAAGACGAAGAAGCAAUCUAUGUUUCCUGUUGCAAGAUUAUUCGGACAGGCGGUUUUCGAAGCUUCUAAACUGAAUGUAGUGUUCUUAGGAGUUGAUGAGAAGAAGCAUCCCUCAAAGCUCCCAAGAACUUACACUCUCACUCACAGUGACAUCAGCUCGAACUUAACGUUGGCUAUCUCUCAAUCUAUCAAUAAUUCUCAGUUGCAAGGAUGGACAAACAAAUUGUACCGGGACGAAGUGGUGGCCGAGUGGAGGAAGGUGAAAAGUAAAAUGUCGCUUCACGUUCAUUGUCACAUUAGCGGCGACCAUUUUCUUUUGGACCUCACUGCAAAACUUCGUUACUUCAUAUUUUGCAAGGAAUUACCAAUGGUGUUAAAUGCUUUUGUCUAUGGAGAUGAAGACAUGUUAAACAAUUACCCUGAACUGCAUGAAGCUUAUGUUUGGGUUUAUUUCCAUUCAAACAUCCCCGAGUUCAACAAAGUCGAAUGUUUGGGUCCGCUAUGUGAGGCUACCUCGCGCGGUGAUUGUAAGACUGAGACGUGUGAAGUCCUACCGGAACCUCCUUGUCUUGAUGAGUGCAGCUGUUGCUUUCCGAUGGACAGCACGAUCUCGUGGUCUUCUCACGCUCAUGGCAGCCAAGGUCAUGAAGAGGAUGAAGAUGUAGCUACGGCCGGAGAGAAUCUUGUGACUGACUACACGUAUAAUCGUAGUAAAAGAGAAAAGUAAUACAACAUAGAUGUAUCCUUCGCUAUUGGAGUAAAUAACAACAAGGCGCGACUCAAACUAUUUACGCCAUGUCCAAGAUAUCCAUUAAUGUAUAGUUUAUGUUUUACGAUCUUUGUGCUAUAAUAUACUCUACAAGACUACAACUAUAUGUGAAUCUACUCUACAUAUACAUGUGUUUAAUCCGUGUGAUCAUUUAUGAAGUGUACAACUAUAUUUGAA